AGACACGCUCCGGACGCGGCCAACGAGAAGCCGAGCGAGCGAGAGAAAGCCAAGAGGCGGCAGCGGGAGCAAGAGAGCCGGAGAGGCGAAGGGAGGACGCGCGGUUUGUGCCAGGACAGAGGAAGGCGGCUGCUUUCUGCCUUCGCGCCCGCCCGCCUGCCUGUUUCGCCCGGGGGGUCGACGCGGAACUAGAGCCGCGAGCCGGAGCGCAGCCUUCGAGAGGGCAUGGACGUGAUGCUCCUGGUCCAGGGCGCUUGUUGCUCCAACCAGUGGCUGGCCGCGGUGCUGCUCAGCCUCUGCUGCUUGUUGCCCUCCUGUCUCCCCGCCGGUCAAAGUGUAGACUUCCCCGGGACGGCUGUGGAGAAUCUGGUGGUCCGGAAAGGGGACACGGCGGUGCUGAGAUGUUACUUGGAAGAUGGAGCUUCAAAAGGUGCCUGGCUGAAUCGAUCAAGCAUUAUUUUUGCAGGAGGAGACAAGUGGUCAGUAGAUCCUCGAGUUUCAAUUGCAACAGCAAAUAAAAGGGAAUACAGUCUCCAGAUACAGAAUGUGGAUGUGUCAGAUGAUGGUCUAUAUACUUGUUCAGUGCAGACGCAGCACACGCCCAGAACCAUGCAGGUGUACUUAACUGUAAAAGUUUCUCCAAAGAUAAGUCAUAUCUCAAAUGAUAUUGUGGCAAAUGAAGGAAGCAACAUCACAUUGGCCUGCUUAGCUACAGGGAAACCUGAUCCUUCCAUCUCUUGGAGACAUAUUUCUCCAUCAGCCAAACCCUUUGAAAACGGACAAUACUUGGACAUCUAUGGAAUUACAAGAGACCAAGCUGGGGAGUAUGAAUGUAGUGCUGAAAAUGAUGUCUCAGUUCCAGAUGUGAAAAAAGUAAAAGUCACAGUAAACU